CUACAACAAUGGAUGCCUUCCACAGCAACGAAAAGGAUGAUUUGCAUCCUGAGCCUUGGUGGAGAGUUACCCACCUUUCCUACCUCAAUUGGUGCAUCUUCCUUAUCACCUUAUCCUCGACCAACAACGGCUACGAUGGUUCCAUGUUGAACGGGUUGCAGUCCUUGACUUACUGGGGCAAGAAAAUGGGCCAUCCACAGGGCGCUGUUUUAGGUGCUUUAACCAACGGCACGGUGUUCGGUACGGUUCUUGCUUUUCCAAUCGCGUCGUUCUUCUCUGACAAAUGGGGUCGUAAGAAAGCCGUUCUUCUCGGUCAGGUUAUUCUUAUCAUUGGCGCUAUGAUCCAGGGAGCUAGUGUAAACUAUGCUAUGUUUUUAGUCAGCAGAGUCAUUCUUGGAUUUGGAUCGUGUAUUGCGGCAGUUUCAUCUCCAGCGUGGGUCUCGGAGAUUGCCUACCCAUCUCAUCGUCAGGUGGCCACCACUUUCUACAACACAUGUUGGUACUUGGGUGCGGUUAUUGCUGCCUGGGUGACCUACGGCACCAGAAACUUGGCAUCGAACUACGCCUGGAGAAUUCCUUCUUACUGCCAAGCUGCAAUUCCGCUCUUCCAGGUUUGUACCAUCUUCAUGAUCCCGGAGUUUCCAAGAUACUUGGUGAGCAAGGAUAGAAUCGCCGAUGCCCGUGCUGUGUUGAUGAAACACCAUGGUGGGGGCGAUGAAGCUGUGGCGAGUAAAAUGGUGGAUUUCGAGCUUGCGGAAAUUCAGACGGCCUUGGAAAUGGAAAGGAUUGCUGAUAACUCCAAGUAUUCCGAUUUCCUUAAAACUCCUGCCAACAGAAAGAGAUUGUUCUUAGUGAUCAUGGUUGCCACUAUGACCCAAUUGUCCGGUAACGGUUUGGUUUCUUACUACUUACCGAAGGUAUUGAACUCUAUCGGCAUUACUUCUCCCGACAGACAGUUGAUCAUCAAUGGUGGGCUUAUGAUCUACAAUUUGGGCACUGCCUCGUUUGUUGCUCUGAUUGCUGGUAUGUUCAAGAGAAGAACCAUGUUCCUCACGUCAUGUUUCUUGAUGUGCUUAUUCUACGUGGUUUGGACCGCCUUAUCGGCCAUCAACCAACAAAGAGACUUUAAAGAUAAGCUGUUGGCCUCCGGGGUGUUGGCGAUGAUCUUCAUGUACUACGCGAGUUACAACAUUGGGAUGAACGGUGUGCCAUUCUUGUACAUCACCGAGAUUUUGCCAUACAGCUUGAGAGUCAAGGGGUUGAACAUUGGCAAUUCUUGGAUUGCCAUUUGCUUGAUUUACAACGGGUUUGUCAACCCUGUUGCCAUGGAUGCUAUUGAAUGGAGGUACUACAUUGUUUACUGCUGUAUCUUGGCGGUGGAGUUUGCGGUUGUUUAUUUCACCUUUGUGGAGACUGCCGGCUACUCUUUGGAAGAAGUGGCCAAGGUGUUCGGUGAAGACCCUGCUGACUUCAACGGCCUUGGCAUGAACUUCGGUUCUACUGUCCAAGAGGUUAAGCAUUCCAUGGAACACGAUGAAAGCCCAUAA